AUGGAUGACAAAGAUAACAUCCAAGCUCCACCGCAAAUCAUAAUAAGUUUCGACAAUCUUGCAGUAUCCUCCGAUUCAAAUGGGGCCGAAGAGAACAUUCCCACAUCCGAGUCGAUCCUCAACGAGGCCAAAAAAUUGGACUUUAGCAAACAAGAUUCGGUCGAAGUUGACCGCUUUCGCAACAAAUACGAAGAUCUGUUCCGGCGGAGGACACUGAAGAACUUUCUCCGUGUCCUCGUAGAGAGAAGCGCACCAGGAGAAGCUGAAGACGCCCAGGAUUUAGAAAUGGUCCUCGAGCAGAAGAAUAUGUGGCAUCAGACCCAUAUGCACUUGGCCGUAAUAUCAACAUCACCGGUGGUAAAGCUAUUGGCCCAAAAAUACAAAGAACUUCGCAUCAAUGAAAUUCGGAAGCCAGCAUCUGCUACAGACAGUCACACUAUCAAAAUAGUCUCCAUCUUCGAUGAAUGGAAGAAAAUAAACCUGAGUUCGGGCAGAGAGAGCCAGGUCACGCCCAAGGCCGUCAGACCUACUGCUGAAGCUGUCGAUUGCGACAUAGACAAUGAAGCCACGGAGGAGCUCCCAGAGGAGUUGACGCCCUAUCAGAUGAGGCUGUCGGACCUCAAAGAUGCUUGGAAGAAUCUAAUCGAGUUCUUGGAACAAGGAGAUAUUAGGGUGUCUAAGAGAGAUAUGGAUAGUGCCCUCCGGCUAGUAAUUAUCGAGGAUCCGGUCGCGGAUGCGAUCCGGUCCCACUGUUUGCACAACUUCGAUCGAGGUCGUAUUGCGGAAUGCCUGUACCAGCCAGGACACGAGAGAGACAUCGACUUUGACUUGUCCGGGCUACCGGAUCCGACAAUCUCCAAAUCCCUUCUCAAAUGUCUUUCGAACAAUCUUAAAUUGGAGAGUAUAUUGUUAUAUGUUGCUCUGCCAAAGCUUACGCUUGACAAAUGUGAAGAAACGAGUGGUGAAAAUGGUAAAAAUGGUGAAAAUGGUGAAAAAUCGACUUCUCCGGUCAAGAAGAGCAAAGUAGCUGAUUUAAGAGAUGUCUUUGACUGGCUGCGCCAAAAUGGUGUCAAAAGUAUCAUCACCGUUACUGUGAUCGAUCAUGGUCAUCCCAGCCACAGCGAUGAGAUGAUCGAGGAAGCUCUGAAGGGUUUUCAGGUUGAGAACUGGGACUGGAAAAGGGAUGACCUGUGCACGGACGUGAUUGCUGCAUCGUCUAAUCAGAUCAAGAGCAUCUCUCUCUAUUCCUCGGGAAACAACGCUGUCCUUAUGGGAUGGGCCAGCUCAGAAGGACUUCUAAAUCGAGAGAAGUUCCCGCAGGGCAAAGCGUCGACAAAAAGAAGAGAGGGUAACAUAGAAGCUUUCGAAAGAAAGGUUCGCUCGAUCAUGGUCCAGAAAAAAUAUAAACAGGAGCCCAUCGAGGUAGAGCACCGCCUGGACGACGGCAAGGUCAGCUAUGCUGCCUAUUUUGGUACUAACAAUAUCAUCACCCACCAAGAGAUUUCAUGGAUCAGCGAGCUCGAAAGAUUUGCCGUCUUCCUCUCCAGCGAGAAGUCGAUUCGCGCGCGGAACACGCCCAUCAAAAUUGCCAUCAUAGACGAUGGAAUCGAUGUCUCGCUAGACAUCUUCACAGGGAAAAUCGCAGCCGGGAGGUCAUUCUGGCCCCUGAGCGGGUCUGGCAACUCCACGAACGCGUACUACGUUCCGUCGGGGCACCACGGCACGAUGAUGGCGGAUCUGAUCUGCCGCAUCUGUCCCUCUGUCCAGCUCUAUGUAGCGAGGCUGGAUGAGAGCACCAAUCGGAACGACAUGAGCCGUCAAAUCACGGUGCAGUCGGCAGCAGAAGCCGUCGAGUGGGCCGUUGCCUGCAAAGUCGACAUCAUCUCCAUGAGCUGGACCAUCGAAGAGCAGACGCAUCAGCAGAACCUAGACCUGUACGACUUGGAAGCAGCCAUCUCCGCCGCCGAGUCAAACCAGAUCCUGAUGUUCUGCGCUGCAAGUGACCAGGGCGCCAACGCAACAGAGAACUGCUACCCGGGCAAGUGGAACAAAUGCAUCAAGAUCGGGGCCGCCACCGCGCUCGGCGACAAGUGUACCUGGGUCCCCAACAACCAGUUCGAGUACCUGCUCCCCGGCAAAGGUAUCUCCUUCAAACAACGCACGCCAGAUGGCUUCUCUAUCACCCAGAAAUCGGGAAGCUCGAUCGCGACGGCGCUUGCCAGCGGGCUAGCUGGCCUCCUCCUCUAUUGCGACCGGCUAACGUGCACGAGUGCCGAGGAUCGACUCCAGGGCCAGGGGCAGAUGAGGGACGCGUUUCGCCGGCUGACGGGCACGGAAAAGAGCGACAAUGCGUUUGUGAAGGCGCACAAGUGGUUUGGCACCAAGUUUUGGCAGUAUGUGGCCAACGGCAUCAACGAGGUCGAGACCAACCAAUUCAGCCGUUCCAAGCGCAGGGCUGUGGCCAAGCCCAGGCCGACGGAGUGGACUCCUGAGGCUAAUGAGGCUCUGCUGCGCAUAAUGGAGGAGAUCAAGGGUCUAAGAGAGCCUUAG